GCAAGCUUAGAAGAUUCGCUGGGGUUGUCCCAGUCGCGUAUGAACACCUAUCGUGCAUUGGCAUCUCCUUCUCUCAUUUGUUUGUCGGCGAGGGAUCCGAUAAUGUACGCCUUUGAACUGAGCUGGGAACUACGGCGAUUGUCGUCCAUUGAAAAUCAGUAUAAGAUGGAAUAUCAGGCCCUCUCUCAGAAAUGUCAGAAUUUCGUCGUUGAUCUGUUGGAUCAGAUCCGUGGUUCAGACGAACUGGAAAUCCUACUAAACUACGAACCGUCCGAUCGAUGGACGGUGCGUGAAAGGGUCGUGGGAGAACGUAUGGAAUUGGCUCGUUUGAAACUUGCCGUUCAAUUUCGGCAGAAAAGAUUCGUCGCUCAUCCAAACUGCCAGCAACUUCUGACUCUCAUCUGGUACGAAGGACUUCCAGGCUUCCGCCGAAUGAAUGAACUAUUUAAAGUUUUGUUGAUACUGAUCGUUUCGCUGUGUUUCCCAAUUUUGUCGCUGUUCUACCUGAUUGCUCCCAGGUCGACCGUUGGACAGUUUGUUCGCAAGCCGUUCAUUAAGUUUCUUUGUCAUGCCGCGUCAUACUGUACGUUUAUACGUAAGUGGUCAAGUUUGAUGAUAAGUUGAAU